UAUACUUUCAUUGCUUCUUUAUUAAAUCCUUCGAAAGCUUUCAUUCGAUUUCUCUCUUUCGAAUCAGAAGUGAAUAUCAAAAAUAAAAAUGAAACAUCAAAUAAAUUAUAGCAUAGUGAUGAUCCUUUUUUUUAUAACUUCAACGAUAUCCGGUCGUGCAUUAGAACUCGAAGGUAGUUGCAGUUGUGCGGCUAUUCAAGAUGAUGGUCUUGAACCCAUUCUGCAGCAAACACUUCAAUUCAACAUCUCAUGUAAUGAAGAAGGUGCUGAUGAAUGUGAACGCCUUUGUACUGCUUUAGCAAUAGCUGCUAAAGAUAAAGGUCCCGAAGCUAUUUGUGGAAAAUUAAAAGGACAUGUUGAAAAUCUUCAAAUCAACCUGUAUACAAAAAUUUGUAACGGAAAUUCCUGGAAAUUUUCUGGAAUUAGACUUCCUAAUCCCAUUUGUUGUCAUGAGGGUAGAGCAACCCUUUGCCCAUCUUCUGAAUAAUUCAGUUGCUGAUUGGAUGAUCGUAAAUAUUAAAAGGAAAGAUCUUGUAUAUUACGACAAAAAAAUAAAACCCCAUAACGAAUAACUUA